AUGAGAGCCAUUUUAUACGAAUCUUUCUUUAUUGACUACCGGGCUUCUCUUCACUUUUCCUUUCUUCCUCCCCCACAUUCUUGCCUUUUUCUUUAUCCUCCACCCCACAUUCUUCUUCCAGCUUUUUUAAUUCCCUACCCUCUCUCUUCUUCCCUCUCUAUCUCUCUCUAUUCCUUACCCGCUUUUUUUCCGUGUCUCUCUCUAUUCUCAACUUGCUUUCUUAUUCCCUCUUUCUUUAUUCCCUACCUGCUUUUCUUCUUCCCUCUCUCUCUCUCUUCACCACCCGCUUUCUUUUCCUCGCUUUCUUUAUUUCCCAUCCGUUUUCUGCAUCCCUCUCUCUCUAUUUUAUACCCUCUUUCUUCUUCCCUACCCGCGUUCGUCUUUCCUUCUAUAUAUAUUUCCUACCCUCUUUCUUUUUCCCUCUUUCUUUAUUCCUUACGUUCUUUCGCCUUUCCUCUCUCUCUCUAUCUCUCUGUAUUCCCUACCCGUUUUCUGCUUCCCUCUCUCUCUAUUUCCUACCCUCUUUCUACUUUCCUCUCUCUCUAUUGCCUACCCGCUUUCUUCUUCCUUCUCUCUAUAUUCCCUACUCGCUUUCUUUUUCCUCCUUCCUUUAUUUCCUACCUGCUUUUCUUCUUCCCUCUCUCUCUCUCUCUCUUCACCACCCGCUUUCUUUUCCUCUCUUUCUUUAUUUCCCACCCGUUUUCUGCAUCCCUCUCUCUCUCUAUUUUAUACCCUCUUUCUUCUUCCCUCUUUCUUUAUUCCCUACCCGCUUUCGUUUUUCCCUCUCUCUAUAUUUCCUACCCUCUUUCUUUUUCACUCUUUCUUUAUUCUCUACGCUCUUUCAUCUUUCCUCUCUCUCUCUCUAUUCCCUACCCAUUUUCUGAUUCCCUCUCUCUCUAUUUCCUACCCUCUUUCUACUUUCUUCUCUCUCUAUUCCCUACCUGCUUUCUUUUUCACUCUCUCUCUAUUCCCUACUCGCUUUCUUCUUCCUUCUCUCUCUAUUUCCCUACACGCUUUCUUCUUCCUUCUCUCUCUAUUUCCCUACAAGCUUUCUUCUUCCUUCUCUCUCUAUUCCCUAAUCGCUUUCUUCUUCUUUCUUCCUUUAUUCCCUACUCGCUUUCUUAUUCCCCCUUCAUUUAUUCCCUACCUGCUUUGAUCUUCCCUCUCUCUAUAUUUCCUACCCUCUUUCUUCUUCCUUCUCUCUCUAUUUCCCUACACGCUUUCUUCUUUCCUCUUUCUUUAUUCCCUAGCCGCUUUCUUCUUCUUCCGUAUCUCUGUCUUUCCCCACUAACUUCUUUUUCCCUCUUUCUUCGAUCCUUCGCCACAUUUUUCCCGCUUUCUCUUUUUCCUUUCCGCUUUUUCCUUCCAUCUUUUUUUAUUUUAUCUUCCUGCCUUCUCCCUUAUUUCAUUAUUAUUUCCACACCUUUUUCCCUACUACAUUUUUUUUAA